GGACGAGGCGUAGCAAGACUCGGGACACUUCGGGCACCAUCGGAAGCGGCUCGGAAGCGCUCGAUUCCGCCCGGUGAACACAUUCGGAAGUGCUCGGGCGAGCUCGGCACCGCUCGGCUGCUGGCCGAAGAGCGCUCGAGGGACCUCGGAGGAUCGCCCCCCCCCCGCGUGGGACCCGCAGGGGCGCUCGGGGGGGGGGGCGCGGCGGGCGGCGGGCCCGCUCGGGUGGGCUCGGCUCCCGCUGCCCGCCUCGGAUGGAGGACGCCGACUCGGCGGCAAAACAGCUAGGCUUAGCGGAGGCGGCGGCAGUGGCGGCGGCAGCCGCAGUGGCGGCGGCUGCGGCGGCCGCAGAAGGACCCGAACAGCAGCAGCAGCCGCCACCGCAAACGGCAGCCUCAGAGUCGGAGGCGGAGCCGGAGCCCGAGGAAGAAGAGGAGGAGGAGGAGGAGGAGGCGGAGGCGGCGGCGCAGGUGACGGCGGUGACGGUGAUGGCGGCAAAUGCCGAGCACAUCGAGAUGGGAGCCGAGCCCCUGCCGAGCGCCGACGAGGCCGCCGCCGCCUUCGCAGAAGUCACCACAGUGACAGUAGCCAACGUUGGUGCCUCUGCAGACAAUGUUUUCACUACAUCUGUGGCAAAUGCAGCUUCAAUUUCAGGACAUGUGUUGUCUGGGAGAACAGCCCUCCAGAUUGGGGACAGCUUGAAUACUGAAAAGGCCACUCUCAUAGUGGUUCACACAGACGGCAGCAUUGUGGAAACCACAGGGCUAAAGGGGCCAUCAGCACCUCUCACACCAGGACCGCAAUCUCCUCCUACUCCUUUAACAACCGUCCAGGAAAAAACUGGAACCAAGUACAACUGGGACCCAUCUGUGUAUGAGAAUGAGCUCCCGGUGAGGUGCCGGAAUAUCAGCGGCAUUCUGUAUAAAAACAGACUCGGCUCAGGUGGCCGUGGUAGGUGCAUCAAGCAAGGGGACAACUGGUACAGCCCUACUGAAUUUGAAGCUAUGGCAGGACGAGCCAGCAGCAAAGACUGGAAGAGGAGCAUCCGCUAUGCUGGGAGGCCACUGCAAUGCCUUAUUCACGAUGGGAUUUUAAAUCCUCAUGCUGCCUCUUGUACUUGUGCUGCUUGCUGCGACGACAUGACUCUGAGUGGCCCUGUACGACUCUUUGUACCAUAUAAAAGGCGGAAAAAAGAAAGUGAAAUACCUGCAACUCCAGUGAAGAAGGAUUGCCCCAAAAACAUCACUCUGCUUCCUGCAACAGCUGCUACUACAUUCACCGUGACUCCUUCUGGACAGAUCACUACCUCUGGUGCUCUGACCUUUGAUCGUGCAUCGACAGUGGAAGCCACAGCAAUUAUCUCGGAAAGUCCGUCCCAGGGUGAUGUUUUCACUGGAGCCACUGUUCAGGAUACCAAUGUCCAGCAGCCUUGCCGGGUCAAUCACCCAGAGCCUCACUAUCCGAGUUACCAGGACAACUGUCAGAUUUCAGCUUUUCCAGAAGCUGCACUGCCAACGUCUCAUCCCAAAAUUGUGUUAACCUCGCUCCCUGCCCUGGCGGUGCCCCCCACGACCCCCACCAAAGCCAUAUCCCCUUCAGUUGUGAAUGGGCUGGAAGUAACAGAGCAGCGGAGCUGGCUGUACUUGGAAGAGAUGGUCAAUUCAUUGCUCAACACUGCCCAGCAACUGAAGACUCUCAUUGAACAGGCUAAACAGGCCAGCUCCUCCUUCCGCGAGGCCGCUGUUACGCAAGCAAAAAUUCAAGCUGAUGUGGAGAGGAAAGAGGAUCAUGGUUUGCUGGGCAAAUUUCAAGACUGAGGAUCUCUUCCAAACUUUGUUUUCAUCUUUGCCUCAAGUUAUUUAGAUGCCCCUGGGUAAGUCCUUGGCCUCUUUGGGCCUCAGAGCCUGCUCUUUAAAGUAAGGAUAAUGCUUCUUUCACGGAGGGCUGACAUGCCAGUUUGCAGAGUGGUAGGGUCUCUGGGUAAAAGGCUGUGUAAAAAAGCAUUAACCUUGUAAGUCCUAGAAAUAAGGGCAAUUUGUAAACCCAAAAUCUACAAUUCUGGCAUUUAUGAAAAUGUUUCUUCUGCAAUUUUUUUUUUGAAAUAAAAUUGUUCUAGAGUCUAAGAAAGUGGUUAACAAUCCCUUUCCUGUUGUGUACGCUGUCUGCAGUCUCUCAUGUGCCUGUCAAUGAUGCGAACUCCUUAAUUAAUAAGCAGAGCCCUCACAGAGGCAGUUCCAGGCGUGGAGCUGACCGUUUAAGAAACGGUGACGGCCUCGUGUAAGCCUUGUGCUUUCCGUCUGUUAGCAACAGGCACAUAUACGGCUGUGCUUGGCCUGAGCACGGCUUUGUAUCCGCAAACAGCAAACGUAUCUUAGAUCUGUGUUACUUCGAAGUCUUGGGGAAUAACAUUCUGAAAGAAAAGCAAACCACAAACCCUCCAGCUCAGUGUUUAUAUCAACUUCUAAAAUGUGUCAUGCUCAUUGCAAAAAAUGAAAAUACCAAAAUAUUUAUAGGCUUUUUUGAAUUGUAGCAUUUUGCAUGGGAUUCAUUAGAUACAACUGCUCUGUCAGAGCCUCAUGCAGCUGUUAAGAAAAAGUUCUCCACUGUCGUUAUUAAUUAGCUUGUGACUGAGUGUAUCUGAUCCUCUGGUUACUAUCUGAACGUUGGGUUUACUGCGUUUUUUGGUUUAGGGACAAACAUUUAGGAAGAGGGUGAGCAGGGCAGCAAGGGCUCAGUGUCUCUUGCAAGAGAUAUUUGAUGAUUUGCAGGACUGUCCCAACAGUGGAUUAAAGACAGUACACAGAGGUCUGGCAAUGUAAUUUUUUUGAGUGUGCAUUAAGCCAUCAUUUAUGUCAGAUAAACUUUAGGAGGGGAAGAAUAUAUGAAGUCACCAAAUUCUGUGCUGGAAGACAUUGCUGGAAGAUUAUAAAGGCAUUCGGGAAAUGUGUUAAACAGUUUUUCUGUAAAAAAGAAUGUGUCAAAAUCUCACAAAGUGUUUGAAUUGAAAUAGUCCUCUGUGUAAUGCAGCGAUGCCUUCGGAACCCAGCCCAUUCGAAAACAAGGUGAAAGAUUAAAUCAGCUAACAGCUGGACCAUCUGAAUUAUUUUUUUAGAAAGAUUAAAACAAUUCAGGGCUAGAGAGCAUAAAAUUAACAUAAAAAGGGUUGGGCAUUUAAGAAAUGUAGCUCUAGUAAGCAAAUAAUGGCUUGUACUCCAAAGUAGCAGUGAAAACAGCGGAGAAUUGGAGUUUGUCGGUUUUCUGGAGCUGUUUCUGAGAGAUCUGUGUGUGUCUGGUUUGAUCCUCUCUCUUACCACACCUUUUCCUCUUCUGUAGUUUCUGCAUGGCUUGAAUUCUUCAUGGCAUGGGCUGUGCAGAACCAGGACUCACUAUGGGGCUGGAUGGAAAGGAGACAGGAGGGGAUUAAUGUGUGGUUUCCAUCAGCAGGUUUUGGGGGCUGAGGGUGGAGGUGGAAGAGCUGCUGUGGCUCAGACAAGGACAGAGGUGGCUGGACUGCCUCUUAGUGUCUUUCUCAUUGGCAAUCUCCCUGGAAAACAGGAUUAGCCACACUUGCAGAGGGUGAAGUGGAGUCUGGUGGUGGAAAUGGUUUGAAUUCCGGAGCUUUGGUGCGUUAUCAGAACUGGAAUUCAGUGUGUCCAGCCCCGGCACUGUCUGCACGGGCUGUUGCAGAGGGGACAGUACCAGCUGGGAUGAUUGUAUGGAGGUUCAAGAUGGGUUGAAGUGCCAGCUCACUGCAUGCUUUGGCAUCUGUAUUUCCACUUUCUUCACUAAAAAGAAGUUCAGAAACAUCAUGCGGUUUUCCUAGGCUAGUACUCUUAGCAUGGGUCAUUUGUCUUUCACUUCACAGUGCAAAGCUCAUUUGAAUCUUUCCCAAAGGAUGUGCAGUUCCCUGUCAGCCCAGUUCCCUGCCUGUGCAGGGUGGCAGAGGGCAGAGGCUGCAGCACGAGGCGUUGAGGCCCAGCUUGUCCAGGCCGGUGCUCACGACUGUUAAUGAUUCUCUCAAGGAUCAAGGUACUUUUCUUCCUGAGAUGUAGCGGGACUGAUUCUGAGGCUGGAGACCCCCUCUCAAGCUUGCUGUUGUGUUCCCUGUCUUCACAAGAAUGCUUAUGGUGUGUGGACACAAUUUUGCUUUUCAAAACAGUAAUUUUGAAGUUUCCAUACAGGCAAUGCACGCUUUGCCUGCGCAGUACUGGAAGCAUUGGGGAUGCUGUCAGUGUUUCCUGCCUGGCUAAUUAGCCUGGUCUGGUCUAUUUGUCAAAUAAAGGCAGAACCCAGUCGCACCCCUUGCGGUCCAGCGAGAGGUUUCCCUGCUGCCUCCUUCAUCUUCCUGAAGUUUUUAAAUUUGAAUUUGCGUCAUGGUGAUAUAAAGGUUUUGAUGGUUGUGAUUUCACAGGAGAAUAAAUACUGUGAUGUCAGGUCAUAGAGACACUUGUAAAUUAAGCCUUUAAUCUCCUUAUAUGUUGGGUUGUACUCCUGGAUAAACCUGCUUUGCCUGAAGGUAGGGGUUUGGCUUUAUUUCAUACUUUAUAGCUGUCCCAAAUAAAUUUGUUAGAACACUAUCAGAUCAGGAUAAUUUCUGAAUUUCUUUGGUUUAGGGCUCCUGUCUCUUGGCAGCGUUGGCUGCUGUGUGUGACAAGGCAGUGGGUGGAGCAGGACCCAGCUGGACUUGAACUGGCUCAAAGUAAAUCUGCCACACACCUGAAGCGUGCUUUCAAAGUCACCUGCCGAGGACUGCUUAAUUCCAAACCUAUUUGAAAGCACUUUUAUUUUAAAAGGAGGAGUAAUGGUUAUGGUUGAUGCUCUUUCUAAGUCUUGGGUCUGUUAGUUUUGUCUGUUUUUUUGGGUUUUUUUCCUAAUCCAUUCUGUUGGGCUAUGCCAUCCCUCCAGACUCCUUUUGCCUGUUAGUGGAUUAGGAUCACUGGACUUGACGCAAAAUUUGGCCCAAGAAGAUGGUACUUGGCCCUGUUACCUUGGCAUUUUCCUCCCGUUUCCUUUGCCAACUUCUUUGGCUCUUGCGUGGGAGGGAUGCAGUUCCCUUGUGGCAAUGAAGCCACCCAUGUUGAAGAGGAGUGCUUGGCUGGAUGGAGCGGGGAGAGUGGGGUUUGAGUAAAUCUGCACUUAACUGGCAGGUUGUCACCUCGGGCCGUUUU